ACACAUUGUUAAAGUACAAUCUUAUUCUUCUAAAUACUCAUGCACAAACUAAAUAGGCUAUGAAUAGCUGAACAAAGGGAGUAUUAUAAUUACGAAUGGCUAGUUUUUAUUUUCACUAUUUGAAAAUGACUAUUUUAAUAACCCUAUAUAAAAUAUCGCUAAAUUGAUUAUAAUUCAGAAAUUACCCAUUUUUUUUUUUAAAAAAAGAGAAAAAAUGGGAAAGAGAAAAACGUGUAGGCCAUUGACGGCGUUAAGUCCAGCGUCAUCAUCUUCCCAUCAUAUCCCCUCUACUGUGAAACUUCCCUCUUCACUUCUUCACUUCCUUUCACUACUGCCAUUGCAUCAACUCCACCACCACCUCCCCCAAAACCCUACAUUCCCCCCAAUGGGCGCCCCCUCCGCCGUGGCCCCCGCUCUCACCCUCCUCCUCUCCCUCCCCCUCCUCUACUUCUUCCUCCUCACCCCCCGCCAAUUCCCCAUCCCCCUCUCCGACGAGCUCGACGACCUCUCCCUCUUCCACAAGGCCAUCGCCAUGGACUCCUCCCGCCGCUCCCCCCACCACCUCCCCGCCGCCAAAUCCCACCUCUCCGCCCCCCUCCGCCCCCCCAAGAUCGCCUUCCUCUUCCUCACCAACUCCGCCCUCCACUUCGCCCCCCUCUGGGAACGCUUCUUCUCCACCGCCCACCCCCACCGCUUCAACAUCUACAUCCACGCUGACCCCUUCGCCUCCCUCCCCCCCCUCCGCGGCGUCUUCCGCGGCCGCCUCAUCCCCGCCAAGCGCACCCACCGCUCCUCCGCCACCCUCAUCUCCGCCGCCCGCCGCCUCCUCGCCACCGCCAUGCUCGACGACCCCGCCAACGCCUACUUCGCCCUAAUCUCCCAGCACUGCAUCCCCCUCCGCUCCUUCAACUACCUCCACACCUUCCUCUUCGAUCUCUCCCGCCUCUCCCCAGAUCUCGAAUUCCCCAGCUACAUCGAGAUCCUCGACAACGAGUCCACCCUGUGGGACCGCUACAACGCCCGGGGCAAAAACGUGAUGCCUCCCGAGGUGCAUUUCCACGAAUUCCGAGUCGGAUCGCAGUUCUUCGUGCUCGCGCGGAAGCACGCGCUGAUGGUGAUCAAGGACAGGAGGCUAUGGCGGAAAUUCAAGCUCCCCUGCAUCAACGUCGAGUCCUGCUACCCGGAGGAGCACUAUUUCCCGACAAUGCUGUCGAUGCAGGAUCCCCAUGGCUGCAGCCACUACACUCUAACUAGGGUUAAUUGGACCGAUAGCGUCAAUGGCCACCCCCACACCUACCGCCCCCCUGAAAUCUCGCCGCAGCUCAUCCACCGCCUCAGAGACUCCAAUUCCACUUCUUCCUACAUGUUCGCCAGGAAAUUCUCGCCGGAUUGCUUGAAUCCGUUGAUGGAUAUGGCGGAUUCGGUUAUCUUCAAGGACUGAUCUUUCGCUGCGAUGAGGUGAAAAAGGCAGAGGCUUUUGAGGCUGUGAAACGUGAGGAUGUGGAGUGGCCACGUGGGAUUAGGGUUUUUGAGUGGCUGUGAAAAUAAAAUGCCCUUAUCAACCUUAGCAACCCAAAAAUGAGAGUCCAACUGCAGCAACUCAAGAAGUGCAAAGUUUAAAAUAUGUAGGAAUCAAACUAUGUUGGUUGUGUUGGUUGAAUCGAAUUGGGUUUUGGGUUUCAACACCCAACUUUGUUUUCCAAAAGAAAAGAAAAAAAGGGGGGAGAUUAGUUGGUGAUUAGGACAUUUGGUCUUUUGUUGUUGUUCAUUAUUGUACAUAUGUAUGAGAUGAUGAGUGUUCAUGUUUGAGAAUGAACAAAUCUUUGGCUUAGCAUCUAAAGAGAAUGCAAAAAUUGCCAAUUC